CUCGCGGUGUUUGGCUCGCAGACGCCCUGGUCUUGCUCUUUGCCGCGGCCGGAGCUCGCUCGCUGUAUCCGGGCCUGAGGAGGGGCCUUGGCCCCCGGGGAGGGGAGGAGGGAAUAAACAAAUUCUCCAGAAAGACAGGUCUCUUAACAAAAGAGGAAGCUGGAAUUUUGAGGUGUUUGGGAAGUUCUGUGCCAGGUCUCUGUGAGGAGUAAAACCCUGGCUCCAGAAGUGCCCCAAAGGCCGUUGGGGUUUGUUCCCUGUGACUUCCCAGCCCGGCCUCAGGAUUCCCAGCCUUCCUCCCUCGCUCACAAAGUACAGAGAUUUGGAGACUAAACCGGAAACCAAGGAGUCCAUUUCAAAUUUGGCGUUUCUCUGGAAGAACCAUCCUGGGAAAGAGUGAGACUUCCCUGUGUCUCCAAAUUGGAAGUCAACCAAAGGAAACCUAUUUGAAGAUAAGAAAUAAAGUAGAAUCUUCGGUGUAGGGCCAGUCCUUUGUCUAUAGCACAAAGUGUCUUUUAGAGACAGUCUCUACAAAUGUGAUACACAGAAAGAACUCUAGACUAUUUAGACAGUUAAAAAAAAUACAGCAGAACAAGCUCAAAAAUGAUAUUUUCUAAGUAUAACGACUGUGGGAAAUCCUUCAGUUAUAAUUCAGACCUUAUUGACUAUCAUAGUCUAAAUACUGAGAAGAAACCUUUUGAAUGUGGGAAAGCCUUCCAAUGGAGAACUCAGCUUACUCAACAUCAGAAAAUUCAUACUAAAGAGAAACAUUACGAAUGUGAUGAAUGUGGAAAGGCCUUCUACAAGAGGACACAGCUUACUCAACAUUGGAGAAUUCAUACUGGAGAGAAACCUUAUGAAUGCACUGAAUGUGGGAAGACUUUUCGACAGAGCGCCCAUCUUACUCGCCAUCAAAGAAUUCAUACUGGAGAGAAACCUUAUGAAUGUAGUGAAUGUGGAAGGGCCUUCAAUCACAGCUCAUCCCUUGCUUCCCAUCAGAGAAUUCAUACUGGGGAGAAACCUUAUGAGUGUAACGAAUGUGGAAGGGCCUUCAACCACAGUGCAUCUCUUGCUGCCCAUCAGAGAAUACAUACUGGAGAGAAACCUUAUGAAUGUAAUGAAUGUGGCAAGGCCUUCCGCCAGAGCACAGAACUCACUCGACAUCAGAAAGUUCAUACGGGAGAGAUAUAUGUGUGUAAUGAAUGUGGAAAGGCUUUCCACCAGAACUCACAGCUUAUUUGCCACCAGAGGAUUCAUACUGGAGAGAAACCUUAUGAAUGUCAUGAAUGUGGGAAAACUUUCAACUACAACUCAUCCCUUGCUGCUCAUCAGAGAAUUCACACAGGAGAGAAACCUCAUGCAUGUCGUGAAUGUGGAAAGGCCUUUUGCAAGAGGACGCAUCUUAUUCAACAUGAGAGAAUUCAUACUGGAGAGAAACCUUACGAAUGUCAUGAAUGUGGGAUGUGUUUCCGUCAGAGUGCCCAGCUUAGUCGCCAUCAGAAAAUUCAUACUGGAGAGAAACCUUUUGAAUGUAGUGAAUGUGGGAGGUGCUUCCGCUUGAGUGCUGGUCUAACCAGACAUCAGAGGCUGCAUAAUUGAGAGAAACUUUGAGGGAGGCUUGCUCCAGAGCAAACACCUUAUUCAACACCAAUUCUUAGUAAAGAGAAAAACCUGGUGAAUGGAGUGGGGUUUUUACUCCUUUAAAAAUUAUUGAUACAUCUUUUCACAGUAGAUCUGUCCUGAUAAUCAAUACCUAAAUACCUUUACAACAUACAUUCUCAAAAAUUUUUCAUUCGUUAACAGGAGAGAUUUGUGCUUAUAUUUUAUAUAUUGUUUUACUAACAUUGACUAUUGUAUUUGACAAGGGUUUUUGUUUUCCUCUGAGUGCUGAUUUUAUUUACAUCAUUGAGGCAUUUAUGUCUGUUGAUGCUUUGACUUGGCUUUCCUUGCUCUGCCACUCUUCAAGCACAUCUUCCCAAGUUUCUUCCAGUUAAUCUUUGUCAUCCCUUGUAGCCCAGUAAUAUUCUGCAAUAUUUUUAUAUUAGUUUAUUCAGUCAUUCCCUGAUCACUAGGGAUAUGUUUUGUUUCCAACUUUUGUUACCACAUGUGAUGUAGCUCAGAACAUGUCUAUUCAGAUUGGUUCCGUCAGCGUCUUCCUUGAGGAUAGCUCCAGUAGUGGAAUCUGUGGGUUAAAGAAGUAUUAGCAGUUUGGUAAGUUUUCUUACUAACUCCUCAUUAUUUUCUGGAGGGGUCGAGCUCAUUGACAAUUCCACGAAAUGUGCUUGUCGUCUUGUAACCUCUCCAACACUAAGUUCGUUGCCCCAUCUUUUCUAAUUUGAUACAUGAAAGGCAGUUUUUUUAAGUAGUUUUCGUUUCAGUUUGUCUGAUUACAAGAGUCUCUUGAACAUUUUUUCAAAUACUUGAGCAUUUGUAUUUCUUUUGAAAGUUUUCAUAUGCCCUGACCACUUGUCUUUUGGGAACAAGUGUUAACCUACGAACAUAUGGCAGUUGCCUUUUGGUUUUAAAUGUUAGACUGUUCUUAGAGAUAUUUAAUGCAAAGACUUUUCACCCAUAAUCUUUUCUUUUGAGUCUAGCUACAUUUUUAUUUAUGCAAAAACUUUUAAAUUUUAUAUAAUCAUAAUUGUGUUUUUUCUUUUGUGACCUAUCCUGUGAGUGAUUAAUAAUUUCCCUCUUUCCGUAGUUGUAAAAUAAGUAGGCUUCAAUUCUCCUUUAGUUUAGGUUAGGGUUUGUUUUUUUUUAAUGAUGUGACUUUUUUAUGUUUGGGUCAUGUCCAUUGGGAAUUUUUUGUGAAAUUUGACAUAACAUGCCCAUCUAAACUUUGUUUUAAACCAUACUACUUUGUGUUUUUCCCUGUAUCUCUUCACAUAGUUCCUUUCCCAGUAGUUUAUGUACUUUUUAGUUUACCAAAUUCUACUAUGUACAUUUAUUCCUAAGUCCGACUUAUCUACUCUGUCUCAUUAUCUGCUUUUCUAUGUUUUGUGCAGUACCAGAUUGUUUUAAGAAUUACUGCUUUGAUAUGGACAUGGAUUCUUUGUAUAUUUACUUUAUAUACUUUGAGAUUUGGUAUUACCACUCUUCCUUUAAUCCUAUUUUUUUUCAUUUGUGUUCCUUUUCACAAUGAUUACAUUUAUAAAAUUUCUUUCUCCACUAUGAAUAGAUAUUGAUAUUAUGGUUUUCAUAGAGAAGCUUAGAGGCUGGAUGAAAAAAAAUAUUAAUAAUCAAAAGAACCAAUAACUUCAAUAAAGUAGCUGGAUACAAAAGAAAUUCAUUGAACUCAUCAGCUUUUUCAUAUGUUAAUAAAAGUUAGGAGAAGAGAUUGGAAGAGGAAUUCUAUUUAAGAUCAAAUAAGUAGGGAUUGACCUAUAAAGACACACACAGGACUUAUAAAAAUUGAACUACAAGACUGUUUACAGAAAUAAAAGAUCUCAUGAUUGCAGAGAAAUUCAAUGUUCUUGGAUAGACUGUGCCGCUAUAAUAGUAGUGAAGUAAUAGCCAAAUUUCAAAGUUGGUGACAUACCAUGCUACUUAAGGGAUACUUUUACAGUUAGACAAAAUUCAUUUGUAAGACAAAAAGUCAAGAAUACCAAGGAAUAUCUGGAAAAUAAUAAAAAGUAGUGUUGGGGGUAAUGAUGCCAUUUAGGAAAAUUCAUUGGCACCUGCACUGAAAUUGAACUCUGGAAAUUGACAGACGUCUUUGGUGACAUUUCUAUCUAGAAGAACCUUCCUGUACCGUAGACUGAAAGGUGAAUUAUGAUGAACUUCAUGAUUUGUUUCCUAGAAACAUGAAUGCAGAUUGGAUGAUACCUGGACCUUUGGAGAACUUACACAACAUGGGUUUCUGAACGAGAAUGAGUGAGUGGUUGGAGGAUCUUGCUCGUUGAUUUAAUGAUUUUGAUCUAUUUCCUUCUCCUCUAUAUUGGUUCAUCCUGUGUUAUACUCCUGUUUCACUGUAGCUCUUGUUAUGUCCUAUUGAUUUUUUUUGGCUUAAUGGUUAUAUCUUAGAGUGUGAGAUUAGAAUUCAGAGGACUUGACCUGGAAUUCUAAAUCUAUAAUUCCCGGUAAGACCUUGGGAAGUCACAGAACCAGUCUGUGCCUCAUUUUGUUCAUUUGUAUAAUGAAGAGUUUGGGUUACAUAACCUAGAAGUUUCUUUCUAACUGUAAGUCUAUGACCCUGUGAAAGAGAUAUGGGGCUGGAAACAGAAGAGGAGAAAAGUGGUGAAAACUUUAGAUAUAUUAAAAAGUUGAGUAAGGACAAAGGUGCAUCAUCUACUAAUUAAUCACAUGCUCUUCUCUAGCUUUGGACCGACUAGGUGCUAGCUAAUGUUGAUCUAGAGAUAUAUUUCACCAAGUUCAUAUAGUUAGUUUGCUGUUUAUGAAAAUGAUUGAAACAUCAACCCCACUGUGUAGAGUAGAAUGCAUUGGGCCAGGUUACAUCUUAUGAUUUGCUUAUGCCCCUAUUUCACAUUGGAAUGAGGCAUUCUGUCCCACCUACUAUGAGGUUAGCAAUAGUCUCUCUAACAAGAGAGAGCCAGGUUGGUGCUAGAAAUUACUAAUGUGACAAACCCCCCACUCAAAAUGGGUUCUAGCAGCAGGCUGCUUAUAGCAGUACAUAGAGAAGACAUUUCGAAGCUCCAGUGUUGUUCUGAGUAGCACAUCUGAAUACUCGCUGUCAUCUGGGGGCUUCAUGGUAGCAGUGAGAAGAGUUGCAGAAGUGGCCGAAGGAUGAUGGUGGUUGGAUUUUUCUUGGUAGAACUAAUUGUUUUCCCUCACUUGAAAGGGGCAUUUCCUCACCCACCCAAAAUGUAGGUAACCACAAAUCUCUAAUACCCUUUGCCUAGUAUUAAGAUAAAUGGAAUGGCAUGACAAUUCAGGAUCUCAAGUUUACCAGAGCAAAGCAAAAUUAAAAGAAUUUAGGCUCAGAAAAAUCAUAAAAGAUUAGUCUGUAAUUCAGUGGCAUCGUGAGAGUGCCACCUUCUUGUCAGAGGAAAUGUUUUGGUUCUUAAAAAAACAGGCUCCCAACUGCUAUGUGAUAUUUAUGCACUUCUCUAACUUGUGUCAAGGAACAAAUGGUUGCAGUGUCCCAACUGAAUAUGAAAGGGAGGGAUGCUAGAAAAGAGAAUACAGAUACUUAAGGUGCUGCAAGGUAGUAGAAAGUAAAGAAGAGGAUGGAGCUGAUCUCUAAAAUCAACUCAGACAUAGCUACCAAUCCCAAAUUUCUGUGAUGUUCUUUUUUCUUCCUGUGGCUCUUGGUUACAUGGUGUGUGUUCAUAGCUCUUUGGGCCAGUAACAUUUCUCCUAGCAGCACCUUCCUGAUCCUUCUGAAAAUGAAGUUUUCUUAUUCCCCUGCCACAGAGCCUACUUCUAAGGGGUGUCAGGAUUGGCUGCCAGAGGCCUUUAGAUGACUGGGGUAGCAGCACCCAGGAUGUUCCUCUGGGAGCUGAUAGGGCUUGCCAGUUGCUGUAAUUUCUCCUGUCUUUAUGUUUUGUUUAAAUGGCAGUGGCAGCCUUAGUGCUAUGAAUAGCAGGUAUGCCCCUAAUGAUCUAUUACAGCUGUAAGACAUGUAAGAGGAAUGCCCAGGAGUGACCCAUGGAGGACAACAGUCAUUGGCCAAUCCCAGUACUGACUGUUUACCUUCUGUGUAGUAGACACAGAUUGCAUGUCUCAUGGUCCCCUUCAGUGCCUGUUUCCCAGGAAUCUCUUAGGUCAUUGCUUUACCACCAGACAGGGAAAGAAAGCAUGAGCCACUUGGCCCGAUCUGUGUGUUUCUGCAGCUGUUCUGUGCAAGACCAGCCACAGAGCUCAGAAUCCAGGUUCCCUGUACUCUUGGACCCUGUGGAAACUAGAUUCAGAACAAACAAACUCACCUUUGCCAAUAUUGUCUGCCCAUCCCAUCCAUCUCAUUAGUGAGUGUGGACGCAGAGGGGUCCUGAGUCUGUGUGCUUGGAGGUUCGUCGGGCUGCUGGGCCACACUUCUGCUUGUCAUUAUCAGUGGGGCCAGCCAGGCUUCGGGUGUUGCUCGGUACCUGCAGGGAGCUGCAUUCACUGUUGCUGGAACUGCCGGUUGAUACCUAGUGCUGCCUGCAAUAAACCAUAGUCAUGCAGUAA